CCUCAUACACCCUUCUCUUCCGCCAAUUCGACCCUCCCACAGCCCUCCCCGCCUCUCGAAUCGAUUCACUCCCCAAUCCGGUCGCCAUGCCGAAGGUCUACGGCCCCGGGACCUACGACUCCGCCGGCACCGGGUCGCCGAAUAGCCGGCCAUUGGCCGGCGGCGGACACGCUGCCGGAGCAGCGGCCGGGAGGGAACCUCUCGAGCUCCAUCACCCUGCUUGGGAUCCAGCAGGACCGGCCCACCAAGAUCGCGGCAGCCAAUUGGCUGAAGACCGCCGGGCUGGACACCUCGGCCUGGAAGUUCGAUCGAGAGCUGGUGAAGGAGAUCUACGAGACGGAGAUUUUGGUCUUCGUGGCCCGGAGGACGGUCCCCCUCCAGAGGUCAUUAUUCUGGAGGAUGGACGUGUUCAAGGCGUUCCUGGGGAGGGUUCUUCGGCUUAAGGAACAGGCACAGAUGAUGAGCCAUUAUGCUGUAUUCCAAAAGUCAGUCUCCCAUCCAAAUGGACCUCCAGCUUCAUCCUCUGAGAACCAUGUUGAGGAGACUGACAUGCCCCUCACAAAUGGUGAAACUGAGAACAAAUCACUUGAAAAUGGUGCAGCAUGUGCGAGUGGGAUGGAGGAAUGAAUUGACCAAAUCAGUCCUACGGCGGUCGUUCCCACCGAUGUGUGCUUGCUGCUAGUGGACUUCCUUGUUACGUCAUGCAGUCUACCCAUGCCAACCUUGUUGCUUGAAAGACUAGUCGAAGACCAACACACAGCAGAUUUGCACGAUCCAAAUUGUGCCCAGCAUGUCUUUAUGUUGAGUAGCGGCUCUCUAGCCUGUAUCAGAAGAAUUGUACAAAUUUCUUAUAUCAGCUGAAGGCCUGGAGUUGUACAAGAAAGCAGAAUGGUCAACGCUUAACUGAUAGCCUUGUACCCUGAGUUGAAGUUUGCAUUACAAGGUAUAUUGGUUAAAGAUGGUACUAAUAGAUGAAACUUAGUGAGAGAUAGAAUGAUAGGUUCAAAAUCACAAGGAGAAUAUGAAGAGGGAUCCUCAAACUCAUCACCGACACUAUCUCUAUA